GAUUACCAAUGUUUGAAACAGAUCGUAACCAUCGAAAUCAAACGUUAGCUUCAAUAGAUUAAUCAUUAAAACAAAUAGUACAAGUACGAGUGUACGGAAUUGUUCUAAAUUUAAUCGUUUAGAAAUAUUCACUGAAAAAGUUCUCUGAAAAAAAGUGAAACGACCUUAAACAUACUGUUGUUAGUACCAAGUUUUUUGAAACAUUUGUUCAUUUAUUAUUUCACUGUUCGGCUGUUCAGACGAGGAAUAGGUGUUGAAGAUUUUGUGUGGGUGUUUUGUUUAUUGUUUAAAGUGAUUAGUGUCUCGAAUUUUAUUAUUUAUUCGGUUAUAGAAGGUGGAUACAAUAGGAUACAAUAGCUAUUUGUAAGUGGUUAAUGAAAUAUGGAUGAUGGCAACCAUGAUGAACUUAAGAGUAGAAAUCUACACCCGCAAUUGAAAUCCAAUUAUUUAUCAAACAUAUUUUUUUGUUGGGGAUUAAAACUUUUCUAUAAAGGUUGGAAAAAAGAACUGAACGAAGACGAUCUUUACAAACCCUUCGAAGAACACGAAUCUCAUUAUUUAGGCGAUGAAUUAGAAGCACUCUGGAAAUUAGAAAAAAUAGAACAUUCUCAUCCAUGUCUCUUACGUCCCAUAUGGAAAUUGUUCAAAAAAGAUAUUAUACUACACGCUUUAUGGAUGUUUAUUUUGGAAUUUGUUAUAAAAUUAUCUCAGCCGAUGUUGAUAAAGAAAUUAAUAGAGUUUUAUACGCCCAAUCAAACCUCUACGACACUUUUAGAAGCUUAUAUAUAUUCUGUUUUUAUAGUUAUUACAUCGUUUUUACUCGUCGUUAUAAAUCAUUGGUUUCAAUUGUCGCUUCAGCAUCUCGGAAUGAAAAUCAGAAUAGCUUGUUGUUCGUUGAUUUACAGAAAAAGUUUGAAAUUGAGCAAAAAAGCUUUAGUAAAAGUCACCAUCGGGCAAAUGAUUAAUCUACUAUCCAACGACGUUAAUAGAUUCGACAACAUUUUUAGAUAUUUUCAUUAUAUUUGGGUUGGUCCGUUAGAAAGCAUCAUCAUCAUGUAUUUGAUUUAUGAUGUUACUGGAUAUACUGGGUUAGCGGGAUUUUUGGUAUUGCUACUUUUCAUUCCUUUCCAAAUGGUCAUGGGAAAACUUACAACACAGUAUAGACAAAAAACAGCGAUGAAAACCGAUGAAAGAGUUUUGUUGAUGAGCGAAAUUAUUUUUGGAAUUCAAGUUAUAAAAAUGUAUACGUGGGAAAGAUCGUUUUCUCGUUUAAUAGAGCAAAUUAGGAAAUCUGAAAUAAAACAAAUUCGCUUAACGUCUUACAUCCGUGCGCUCCAUAUGUCUUUUAACAAAUUCAUCACUAGAGCUUCAGUUUUCUUAUGCAUUAUCACGUACACUUUUACCGGAAACAGAUUAAACGCAAGCUACGUCUACGUCAUAUCCUCUUUUUACAACAUUUUAAAAUCCGCUAUAAGUAACGAUUUUCCACAAGCUAUAACUCAAACAGCUGAAGCUUUAGUUUCGAUAGCCAGAAUAGAAGAGUUUCUUCAGUUCGAUGAAGUAUACCAUGAGUCCAUAAGCGAACCGUAUAAAGCUAAAAAGAUUUCUUCGGGUACACUUCUUAUAAAUAGCGCCAAGAAAAAUAAAUCAGUUGGAGUUUAUUUAGAAAACGCUUCUGCUAAAUGGGGAAGCAGUCAAGAUGAAAACACCAUUAGUAACAUUAACUUCAACGUCGGACCCCAACAGUUAGUAGCUAUAGUAGGAGCAGUCGGUUCCGGUAAAACCUCUCUACUUCAAGCUAUAAUGAAAGAACUUCCUCUUAGUCAAGGUACCAAGGACGUAGUUGGUAAGAUAUCUUAUGCUUCCCAGGAGCCGUGGCUUUUCGCCGGAACUAUUAAACAGAAUAUCUUAUUUGGAGAACCUUGGGAUGCUAAAAAAUAUGAAAGAGUUAUAAAAGUAUGUGCUUUAGAAAGAGACCUUUCAAUUUUACUCCACGGUGAUAGAAGUUUGGUUGGUGAUCGCGGAAUCUCGUUGAGCGGAGGACAAAGAGCGAGAAUAAAUUUAGCCAGAGCAGUUUACAAGGAAGCAGAUAUUUAUAUACUCGAUGAUCCAUUAUCUGCUGUAGAUACUCACGUAGGUAAACAAAUAUUCGAGGACUGCAUUUGUAGCUAUUUACGUGGCAAAUGCACCAUUCUCGUUACGCAUCAAUUGCAAUAUUUAAAGAAUGUGAACAAAAUAUUUUUAUUAGAACGCGGUAGAAUAGCCAUCAGUGGUACCUAUAAAGAACUGUCUGAAUCAACGGUAGAAUUUGCGAAAUUACUUAAAAAUCACGAUGAAGAUGAAGAAUGCGACGAUACUAUUGAUGAGGAAUCGUGCGUCAUGAAAUAUUUCGAAAAUUUGACCGGAGAAGAUCCACCAGAAAACAUUGAAAAAACAAAGAUUGGUAGUACUUCAUCGGUAGUCUACGCGAGAUAUUUGAAAUACGCUGGUGGAUGGUGUUGUGGAUUUUACGUGCUUGUCCUGUUCAUUCUAACUCAAUUUGCUGCAAGUGGAUCGGAUUAUUUUGUCAAUGUUUGGGUGAAUUUGGAGCAAACUAAAUAUUUGGAAGAAAAAGGUAACAAGUCGUUGCUUAGAGCAGUCGAAGAUGAUGUGCUUAUGGAACAAAAUUUCGAUGAUUUUUUCAUUUAUUCUAUACGAUACGCGAAACCAUUCAAUCCCGGAUUUCUCAAUACAAAUAAUUGUAUAAUAAUAUAUAGUUGCAUAAUAGGUGCAGUUAUAGUCGUAACUAUUCUCAGGUCAAUUACCUUCUUCAAAGUAUGCAUGAAAGCAUCGAUAAGGAUGCAUAACACAAUGUUUGCUAAAAUAUGCAAUGGUACAAUGCUUUUUUUCAAUACCAAUUCAUCUGGAAGGAUCCUUAAUAGAUUUUCGAAAGAUAUGGGUUGCAUUGACGAAACGUUACCAAACGUUUUAGUGGAUACCAUACAGAUUGCUUUGAAUGUAUUGGCAGUUAAUAUUGUUAUUGGUACAGUGAAUCCUUGGAUAUUGAUAUCAACAAUAGUUAUAGGGUUGAUAUUUUACCUAUUCAAAAUUGUCUAUGUUUCUUCAAGUCGAAACUUGAAAAGAAUGGAAGCAACAACUCGAAGUCCAGUUUUUUCGCACAUUCAUGCUUCUUUGCAAGGUAUCACGACAGUAAGAGCUUUCCAAGCUCAAGAAAUUUUGAGAACCGAGUUCGAUGAACAUCAAGACCUUCAUAGCUCGGCCUAUUACUUGUUUAUAUGUUGUAAUAGAACUUUUGGAUUUUGGUUAGAUCUGUUGUGCGUUGUUUACAUAGCCGUAGUCACGUUUAGCUUCUUCGUCACCCAAAAUAAUUAUGGAGGAAACGUAGGUCUAGCUAUCACUCAGGCUAUCAGUUUAACGGGAAUGUUCCAAUGGGGUAUGCGUCAAUGGAGCGAAUUGGAUAACUCCAUGAUGUCGGUUGAGAGAGUACUCGAAUAUAUUGAAAUUAAACAAGAAAUACAUGGAAAGCAAAAAGAACCGCCGAAAAAAUGGCCAGAACAUGGAAUGCUAGAAUUUCAAUCGGUUUACUUGAGAUAUGCCACAAAUUUACCAUACGUAUUGAACAACCUCACUUUCAAAAUUAAACCCAAGGAAAAAGUGGGAAUCGUUGGUAGAACAGGAGCGGGUAAAUCUACGUUAAUCUCGGCACUGUUUAGAUUGGCCGAUAUUGAAGGAAAAAUUCUCAUAGAUGGGAUUUGUACCUCCGAUAUACCUUUGAAAAGCAUGCGAUCGAAGAUAGCCAUCAUACCUCAAGUUCCUGUAUUAUUUUCUGGAACGAUUAGAUCAAAUCUAGAUCCUAUGGAUGAAUAUGAAGACUCAGAUUUGUGGAGAGCUCUGGAUGAUGUCGCUCUUAAAGACGUUGUAUCUGAGAUGCAAUUGGGGUUGGAGAGUAAAAUAGGAGAAGGUGGAUCAAAUCUUAGCUUGGGACAACGGCAGUUGGUUUGUUUAGCUCGAGCUAUACUAAGAAAAAAUAAAAUUUUAGUAUUAGAUGAAGCUACAGCUAAUGUCGAUCCUAAUACAGAUGCUUUGAUACAGUCUACUAUUAGAAAUAAAUUCGAAAAUUGCACAGUGCUAACAAUUGCUCACAGAUUACAUACAGUUAUGGAUUCCGAUAAGGUUUUAGUCAUGGAUGCAGGAUCAGCUAUCGAAUUCAAUCAUCCCCAUAUUCUGCUUCAGAAUCCUGAAGGAAUUUUCUAUAGUUUGGUUAAACAAACCGGUAAAUCGAUGGCCGAAUAUUUAUGUAAAAUUGCAGAACAGCAUUUCAAUAAUUAUUAUACAGAAGAUUUAUCGUUAACCGACACUUCAUACGACGAUAACGUAUCUCAAUAAAUAAACAAAAUUAGCUUUAGACUUAAUUUAUUACAAUGUGUACCUGAAAAUUGAGAAAAAGAACAAAAAGUUUUGCUUUCUAUUUAUUGUAAAAAAACUUUUUUUAAUUUCAAAACCUAAUAUAACUUUUUUUUGACAAUUUGUAUAAUUAUCAGUAUUAAACAAUUUUUUUCUAUGAUUGUAUUGAAGUUAACCCUUUUUCAUCGAUUUUCGUGACUUUUUUUGAACAUCAAUAAUUGUUCAUGUUUGUAUCCA